UCAACAAUGGAUCCUCCAAAACCAUCGCCAUCAAUCUCAUCGACAACACCACCCGACAAACCAUCCUUCCCCGCCAUCACACCCCUCCCAAAGACCCCGCGCACCUUCCAAACCCCCACCAAGCGCAUCAACACCGGCACCGACCUCGCAACCUUUCUCACAACAACAGCCUACCGCGACAUCCUCCUCUUCCUCCUCCAACUAAACCGAUCCCUCUGCCCGCGCCGCAACCCAACCCGCCCAACAGGGCCCUCCACAACCUUCCCCCUCUCCUCCGUCCCCUCCACCCCGGAACGCGGCCUCCCGCCCUCCAUAGCCCGCCUCCAAACCCUCCUCGCCGAAGCCGAAGCCCUCAUUGACCUCGCGCCUCCGGACCCGGGCCCCCGCCGCUUCGGCAACGUCUCCUUCCGCAAGUGGCACGAGCUCCUCGCCGAACGCGCCCCUGCCCUGCUGUCCAAACACAUCCCCGACGCCGUCCUCGCUUUCCCCGCGACCCCGUCCUCCGAGCCCCCGGCCGCCGAGCUCCUCGCCUACCUCCUCGGCUCCUUUGGCUCCGCGCAGCGCCUAGACUACGGAACAGGCCACGAGCUCGCCUUCCUCGCCUUCCUCGGCUCUCUCUACAAACUCUCCUACUUCUCCGAUGACACCACCACCACCACUACCACUACCGCCGCCGCUUCAGAAAAUGCCGAGCCCACUACCGCAGCGGCAGCGCCAGACACAUCCGCCCUAGACCGCAUCAUAGUCCUCGGCGUAAUCGAACCCUACCUCCGCGUCGUCCGCCGCCUCAUCCUCACAUACACCCUCGAACCAGCAGGCUCCCACGGCGUAUGGGGCCUCGACGACCACUCCUUCCUCCCCUACAUCUUCGGCUCCGCCCAGCUUACGGCCCCCGUGUCCUCGACCUCGGACCCGAUGCCGACAGAGGGCUCCGUCCGCGGCGCGCCCAAGACGGGGGAUAUCGUCAAGGCCGCCGUCGUCGAGGACCAGCGUUCUGAAAACAUGUACUUCUCCGCCGUCGGGUUUAUCAAUGAUGUCAAAAAGGGUCCGUUUUGGGAACAUAGUCCCAUCCUAUUUGACGUGUCUGGCGUCAAGGACGGUUGGGGCAAGAUCAACAAGGGCAUGCUCAAAAUGUUCAACGCAGAAGUCCUCCAGAAAUUCCCCGUCGUCCAGCACUUCACCUUUGGCUCCCUCUUCGCCUGGGACCAAGACCCACACGCCGCGCCCGUAUCCCAGUCCGUCCACGCCGCGAACCAGCCCUCGUAUAACUACCCAGCAACGGCGCCUCCCCCG